AUGCCUUGUGAAAUGGGUUGUCACGGAGAUCUACUGUACCUCCACAUUUGUUCAUGGAUUUUGUGCCUGUUGCAUGAGUGCGUGAUACAGCCACAUCUGAUCCUUUUCUUCUUCUUCAGGCCACAUAUUCCUGCCAUUAUGGUACCAGUUUCAUCUUUUCUGUUGAGACUUUGCAUUGUCCUCAGCUUUUCUCUCCCAUCUGAUACCCAGAGUUUCAGUGACUUUGAGAAUAAGCACAUUGUUGGGGAAGGAGCUAAAAUAAACUGCAACCAAACCAUCAAAGAAAGAAAAAUAUGGGUUGAAAAUAGUCAACAACAAAACAAGAUGUUUUGCAAAAGUCAUAACACCUUUAUCCAUGAUGGUGGAAAUGUGAUGAAGCUGUGCGCUGGGAUCACUCAAUCUACAUUUGUUAUAAGCAAGGAAGCAAUGCCUCUUACUGACUGCUUGUUGAUGAAAGACUCGCCGGAACCCCCAAAUUGUGCUUAUAAACAAAUAGGAGAAACUGGGUUCAUUAAUAUCACUUGUGAAAACCAUUACCCUGUGCACUUUGCUGGAUACACCUUAAACUACUGUGCUUCGUAUUCUCCAUGUGCCUUAACCCUAAUAGCUGUUUUCCUACUCAGCCAGCUUCUGCUAUGAUAUGAGGCCCAGAACUCAGAGAAUCAAUGGUAAAACUAAAGGAAAUGAUAGUGAUGGAUGCCUGUACUUAAAGGAACAGUAACACCAAAAAAUGAAAGUGUAUAAAAGU